AUGGACCAGCACAAUGAAAGCCAGGCACUGCGUGAACUCAGAAUCAAGUGGCCCAAGUUUGAUGUGACUGUCACGACGCAUGCGCUAGUCACGGGUGAUCACCUGUAUCACCUUGUUCCAGCAGAGCCAUUGCUUUACACAGCGCCUGAGCACAAGAUCCCCGACAGAACACAAGAGCCUGAUGGCACGGUGUUUCUUUCAAAGUUUCAGCAUCUAGCCAUAAAGUAUGGUCGGGUGACUGAGCACCAUCCUGCAGCACCUUGUGGAAAUGUGAUUCCUGAGGAUUUGGAGAAGCUGCGCUGGCUUGGAAACAAGGUUUGGAAAUGUCAGUUGGAGACGAAGGAACCCACUGAAGUCAUUCUUUGGGAUGCUUCAACCCCCGAGCCCGGCCCUCAAAGUCUUUCACUUCGUCUUCAGCGAACUGGGGUGACCAAAGAGGUGAAGGAUCUUGUUCGAGAGAUCCACGAAGAAACGGAUAAGACUUGGUCAGGAGUUUCAGACAAUGUCCAAGCAAUACAUAGUGGUCGGGCUUCUUCAAAGCCAGGAGCAAAGGACUCUUAUUUUGCUGCCAUGGUUUUCGCCAACAGCGAGGUUCGCACUCUGGGAUAUUACAUCUUUGACAAUAUACUCGAGAUCGCUGCCUCGUACCCUGAGUUCGAUCUCAAACAUCUGGUCGUUCUUUAUAAAAAGCUCGUCUCCACUCCCGCUGAGUUUCUAGGAUACGUGGGUACGGAAUACCUCCGCGACAGCCAUCGCAAAAUCAAUGAUCUCAUCACCCUCAAUGUUGAGACAAACACCAAUCAAUCGGAUGCUCGUGAGGACUUACUUGCCAUGAACUUCAAAAUCAUCAGCGGAGAAGACGUUCUCAAAGUCUACGACGAUAAACCACCAGGUUCAAAGAAUACGAUUCAUCGACAUUUCUGUUCAAACUGCAGUUCGCCCAUCUACACGACUGCGACGGGGACCCCAGAGUACGAGAGUAUGCUUACCGUCACGGCCGGCACUAUGGACCUGGGGAAUGACUCGUGGAAGCCCUCGAUGGAAUUGUUUUGCGACAUCCUCCAGGUCGCCAAUUCUCUCGUUGCUUACUACACCAAUGCUGAGACCGACCUCUGCGCAUCUUGGCCGAUCCCCAACUGGCGUGUCGCGCCACCGAUGCCUGCUAUGGACAGCGGGAAUGUCGAGCUGAUCAUGGACAAGGAUGGGUUCUCUAUCGUGUACUCCCUCUGGCCGGCGCCGCAGACUCUUCCCUAG